UGCUAGCUAAAGCGCUGCAGCCAGCCAGUGUUAUUUUUAUUAUGGAGAGCCACUACUACAGAGAAUGUUGCCGCAGUUGUCUUCUUUUCAUCUUACUAUUCAACCUUCUAACAAAUGGCGGUCCUAGUACGGAAGCCUUGUCGACGGCGAGGCCUCUGAACAACUCGGUCACGGCGGUGUUGGUGUUCGGAGACUCCACGGUGGACGCCGGGAAUAAUAACUUCGUGAAGACGGCUUUCAAGGGAAAUUUCCUUCCUUACGGGCAGGAUUUCAUCGGCGGGGAGCCCACCGGCCGAUUCAGCAACGGCCGCCUGACCACCGACUUCAUAGGUCUUCGUACGUGGGAGUGAAGGAAAACGUGCCGCCGUAUCUCGACCCGAGCCUCACCGUCGACGACCUCAAGACCGGCGUCAGUUUCGCUUCGGCCGGCACCGGCUACGAUCCCAUGACCCCUCAAAUAAGUAACGUGAUACCAAUAGAGCAGCAGCUGGAUUACUUGAGAGAGUAUAAGAAAAGGCUGGAAGCUGUGAUGGGGAAGCGGAGGACGGAAGAGCACAUAAGGAAAUCACUGGUGGUGGUGAGUGCGGGAACCAAUGACUUCGUCAUCAGUUACUUUUCUCUGCCGUUUCGUAAAAAAACCUUUACCGUCUCGGAGUACGAGAAGUUCAUCCUGCAAAAGUCCAUGGACUUCGUCCAGGUAUGUAAUAAAUAAUAUGCCAUUAUCUUUAUCUAAUGUCAUAGAGCAAUUGAUGAAUCAAAUUAGAG